AUGGAUCCACAGACUUCUAUGGGCUGUAGACCAGAGUCCUAUGGCGCCAUAGGAACACAGCCAUGUCUCAGGGCAAGCCUGGACAAGGCCAGACCAAUCAGACUGGGCCUGCUGGACAGACCAAUCAGACUGGGCCUGCUGGACAGACCAAUCAGACUGGGCCUGCUGGACAGAACCCUCAGACUGGGCCUGCUGGACAGACCAAUCAGACUGGGCCUGCUGGACAGACCAAUCAGACUGGGCCUGCUGGACAGAACCCUCAGACUGGGCCUGCUGGACAGACCAAUCAGACUGGGCCUGCUGGACAGAACCCUCAGACUGGGCCUGCUGGACAGAACAAUCAGACUGGGCCUGCUGGACAGAACCCUCAGACUGGGCCUGCUGGACAGAACCCUCAGACUGGGCCUGCUGGACAUUAGCAGCCUCUAUUCAUUAGUCAUAUGGCAGACACAUAGCUACAGCAGGUUGGUCCAGUCCCACCCUCUGUCCCUGUGCAACACCAGUGAAGAUGAGCGCCAGGAGUCAGACUUCAUCAGCAUCGUCAAGCUGGAGAGCCCGGAGCGCAAGGUGCCUCAGUGUCUGCCCCUGCUUCACAAGGCACGCCUGGCGCUGGAGAGAGGGGCUCAGGCUGUCAUCUUUGAUGUCACCGAUGAUGUCAACGCUAAGUUCCAGCUGCAUGAUUCAGAUUCCCUGCUGCGUCCGGUGGUGCUGAUGCAGGCUGAGGAUGCUGAGACGCUGAUGGAACUGGUCAACAGGAACGAGGAGGCCAGCGUCCGCAUCGACAUCAAGAGGGAGGACCCCAAAUGGGCCCACUAUGAUGUUGUUGUCCUGCUCACUAUCGUCCUUGCUAUUCUGGCCAUCGUUUCGAUCUUUGCUUUCCGGUAUCGAUGCAAGUCCAGCAGAACCUGGGACUCAGUCCACCAGCAGACGAUGCGAGCCAUCAGUCGUCUGGAGACGCGGAUGUACAGCUCUCAGGGCUGCGGGGGCUCACAGCGCCACCGUGGGGGCUGGGGGUCUAAUAGCAGCUCUAACUCCAGCCCCGUCUGUGCCAUCUGUCUGGAUGAGUUCCUGGAGGGACAGGACCUGAGGAUCAUCUCGUGCGCUCAUGAGUUCCAUAAGGAGUGUGUGGACCCCUGGCUACUGCAGCACCGAACCUGUCCCCUCUGCAUGCACAACAUCAUGGGUUCAGAGCUGUCUGGACAGCCACGGAGGACCAGACUACAGCAGACCCCCGAGCACAGCCAGGGUUUCCUCCACACCCACCCCAUCCCCUUCUCCAUGAGGCCUCACUACCCCCGCGGUCCCUCUGGUCCAUACCCCUCCUUGGGCCACUAUAGCGGCUCCCCGCCUCUGGACCCCCAGACUCACCGCUUCCUCCCUAGCCGGCCCCUGGGCCCUGGUUGCGGAUACCUCCACCCUUCAGAGGGCCCUGGAAGGCCCAACAGAGCCGGGGGCAGCUGCAAGACAGCAGGCCACCCUAUGGAGACCCACUACGGCCCCGGGCCCCGCCGCUCCUGCCACGCCUACCGCUCCGGCUGCCCUUCCCAGCGCAGCGCCUCCAGUUCCAGGCUCCACCACGCCCCCUCCUCUGCUCCCCGCGCGUCCGCAGGGGGAGCCCACAGCCGGGGGAACGAGGGGGGCAGCUGCUCUGGGGGGAGCUACCGGACGGAGCACAGUGGCUACCUGGCUGAUGGGCCGGCCAGUGACUCCAGCUCUGGCCCCUGUCACGGCUCCUCCAGUGACUCGGUCCUCAACUGUACUGACGUGUCCCUGCAGGGUGUGUAUGGUAGCUGGUCCACGUUCCGCAGCUCCCUGAGCAGUGACUAUGAUCCGUUUGUGUACUACGGGCCGGGACCGGGACCGACAGGCCGCAGGGACAGCAUGGAGGCAGGGGCCCAGAGACCCAGGUCCCUGGAUUCAGUGGUGAACAGAGACAGAGGACGAGGAGGAGGAGGAAGAAGAGGAGGGUGCUCUGAGGAACAGCAGCAGGCUGUGUUUAGCCACGUCCACUACCACCGCCACCGUCACCACCACUACCGAGAGGAAAGGGAGAGGGAGCACGCCCAGGGCCAGGGGCCAGGCGGGGGGUCGGACAGGGAGCUGGGGGCUACUGCUUUUGACCGUGAGUCAAGAUCUCCCCCGGCUCUGGACAAAGAUUCCCCAGUGUGCCCUCUGAAAGACAGCCCCUGUCACUGCCCUAAGGCAGACCACACAGACAGUAGGGGGGCCCAUGGCCACGGGACAGAGGGUCAGGGCCAUGAGCUCAGCUACCCCUCAGGCCCCCCUUCAGUCAUGGUAACCCCAGCCCCCUUACCACCCCCACCCACCUGCUGUCACCAGGACCACAGCCACGGGGGCUACCCCCACCUGAGGGCAGGCCGGCUGGGCGACUGUGUGCUCGACGGCCCCUCAGUGCGUUUCCAACAGAACCUGGACCUGCAGGACGACUGUAGCAUCCACAUCCACUAUGACCAGGGUUACUGCUGCCCCCCUCCCGACCUGCCCCCCGCUCUGCUCUCCAUGCCUGUGCCCCUCAUCCUGGACUCUGGAGGAAUGAGGCCGCUGGGGGGCCUAGAGGACUGGCCCUGCUGUGGAGGGCCCCACCAUGUGGUGUGGCAGAAGCGGGUGCAGCAGGCCCACUCUGAGCCCCAGCUGCUGGGGGUCCCUAUGGACGUAACCCGAACCCCAUCAAGCAGGCGCCACCACGGUCCCCACAGCCCAGCGGACGACCGCAACACAGACUUUUGUUUAUACUGCCAAACAUUACACAACAAUCAGGGAUCCGAGGAGGAGUCCGGCGUGUGAGGACUCGCGAGUUGCAUCCCCGACUUCACGCUGCUACGUACACAGGAGCCGGAACGGACAAACACAUCAUCGCGCGGCCAUGUUUCUCAAGUCUUCCAAAUAAUUCCACAUUUAAUAGCUGCAUUCAGACUACACUUCCCAGAAUCCCCCAGUCAGUGCUCAGAGUUCCGUCUGUCCCACAACGAUCAAAAUGAGUCUAUGAGAUUCUGAUUGUUUUUGAAGUUGAUUUAUUUUGACCAUCAAUUCAAACAAUAAGCACAAGUCAUGUAUGGACCUCAAAUUGCUCUAAUUCAUUGUUGAAUUCCAGUAUUUUCAAUGUGUUUGAGAGUUUGGGAGUUUUGUUAUUGCUUAGUGAUUGUGUUUCAAGAUGGAGACUGACUGGGAGAUGUUGUUGUUUUGUUUUUCGUCUUGUUUUUAUUUUGUUUUGUAAAUUACAGGAAUAAUUCAAUACCAACAAGUUCCCAGGUUGCCUUAGUGACCACAGGGAAUGAUCAGGGCUCGAGCCUCCAUUCACAUCACCAAAUUCCCCAACUAUCUCCCAUCAUUAGAAAUCACACGGACAUAUCGGAUGUCUGAUUCCUUGAGUGGUUGAUUGAGUACUUAAUCGAUUAUACUACGAGGUACUACUCAGUAAUACUUAAUAUCCUUAAAGUCCUUCAUUUGUGUAGAUACAGAAUGUAGACAAAGCAUUGGAUCAUGUAUGACACCCAUACAUGGAGGUUUCUUGCUCUUUCCAACACAAAUCAGAUCCAGAAAUGUUUCCCAUCGCCGUGGGUUACUAAGGUACUCAGAGCUACGGAAAAGAGACAAGAAACGUAUCAUUAGGGGAGAACAGUUAUUUUCUUAGCUGGACCUACAAGCAGUGAGCAUCCUGAAAGGUCAUCCUGAGAGGUCAUUAGAGGCUAGUAUGGGGACUUGUGUUGGUUCAUUCAAUAAUGGCAGCUGUUUCCAUCACAUUUAGUUUGUUUUGUGGUUCGGUAAAAACAUUUUUUUUUUUGUAAUUGUGUUUUUCAUCGUUAAAAGAAAGAACCAGACUGAUCUAUGUUAUUACAAGCUAUUUUUGUUUUGCUCAUG